AUGGAUGUGAACUUUAAAGUGUCUGUGAACAAACAUCUAAAGGAAAAACUAGAAGAAUAUAUGUCAUAUUAUCCAAAGGUCCGAAUUGUGCGCACCAAGAAGCGGGAAGGGCUAAUUCGCACCAGGUUACUGGGUGCAUCAAUGGCUAAAGGAGAAGUUUUAACUUUUCUAGACUCUCACUGUGAAGUCAAUGUGAACUGGCUCCCUCCUUUAUUAAAUCAGAUCGCUCUGAACCACAGAACAAUUGUGUGUCCCAUGAUAGAUGUCAUUGACCACAAUCACUUUGGAUAUGAAGCUCAAGCAGGAGAUGCCAUGAGAGGAGCAUUUGACUGGGAAAUGUACUACAAACGAAUCCCAAUUCCCCCAGAGCUACAAAGAACCGAUCCCAGUGAACCAUUUGAAUCUCCAGUUAUGGCUGGCGGACUGUUUGCAGUUGACCGAAAAUGGUUUUGGGAAUUAGGAGGCUAUGAUCCUGGUUUAGAAAUCUGGGGUGGAGAGCAAUAUGAAAUAUCUUUUAAGGUAUGGAUGUGUGGUGGGGAAAUGUUCGAUGUGCCUUGUUCCAGAGUGGGCCAUAUCUACAGGAAGUAUGUGCCUUACAAAGUUCCAACAGGGACAAGCCUUGCAAGAAAUCUCAAACGUGUGGCAGAGACCUGGAUGGAUGAAUAUGCAGAGUAUAUCUAUCAGAGGAGACCUGAAUAUAGACACCUGUCUACUGGAGAUCUCACAUCUCAAAAAGAACUCCGCAAACAUCUCAAGUGUAAGGACUUCAAAUGGUUUAUGACUGAAGUGGCCUGGGACAUUCCAAAGUAUUACCCACCAGUAGAACCUCCACCUGCUGCCUGGGGAGAGAUGAGAAAUGUAGCGUCCAAUCUAUGUAUUGACAGCAAACAUGGGGCAACAGGCACAGAUCUGAGAGUUGAUACUUGUGUUAAGGAUGGCUCUGAAAGGACUUGGUCACAUGAACAGCUCUUCACCUUUGGCUGGAGGGAAGAUAUUCGCCCUGGGGAACCUCUUCACAACAGAAAGUUCUGCUUCGAUGCCAUUUCUCGCAAUAGUCCGGUCACCCUUUAUGACUGUCAUGGAAUGAAGGGUAACCAGCAUUGGAGCUAUAGAAAGGAUAAAACACUGUUUCAUCCUGUUAGCAACAGCUGUGUGGAUUGUAACCCGGCUGAGAAAAAACUGUUUAUGAACCGAUGUGACCCUCUGUCAGAGACGCAGCAGUGGAUUUUUGAACACAUUAACAUGACAAUACUACAGAAAUUCAACAUUUAUAAUAAUUCUUAGAGAUCAAUAAAACUGUCAGAAACCACAUACAGUGGACUAUAAUUGGACUACAAGAGUCAACUCUUUUGAUUUCUGAGAUGCCAUCUCCUCUUUCUGAGGAUAUUAUCGAAAUAUGCCACGCAUAGGCAAGCACUACAUGUCAUCAUAUCCAAAGGACUUGGAUAAAACUGAGAACGAUGCAGCUGCUGAGAACUUAAAUAUAGACUUUCCUUGCUGGUUCAAGGGCAGAGAUAACCUUUGGAAUAAUAUUCUAUGCUACCACAGUGAAAUGCAUUUUUAAUCUUACUCAGGACACUUCCUGCUGUAGUGUAUAGCUGUAAAUGGCAAGUAGGGGUAAUGAUCUUCCGUUUUCUGUUUUUAAGUUUUUCUAUUUAUUUUUUUUGUUCCAUUGGGGAGAGGUAGUCAGGAAUGGACUGCAUGAUAAACCUGAGUCUUUUAAAACACCACGUUUGAUAGGCUGUGGAAAGGCCAGUGGCUGAAAUCCAAGAUUUCUUUUUCUUAAUAUAUUGAGGUUAACAGGUUUAACUCUCUUAUAUCUGCAAAUGCUUUUGGAAAAAAAAACCCUAUACCUCUCCCACCUGGUGAUGAUACCAGAGACUACGGAGACAAUACACAUGGAAGAAGGAAUUUUAUGUGUAGCAUGAAAUGGACAAUAAGUAAAUGAGUUAUUUAAUUUAUCCUAAAAAUCUGAAACCUUGUUUUCAUUUUUUUCUCUUUUUUUAUUGAAAAAAAAAAUAGAAUAAAAUAAUAUUGUACAACUAAA